AUGGCGGAAGCGCUAGAGACUCUGCGGGUGGCGCCCGUCCCGCACAGCGCGCUGGCGUCCACUGACCUCGAAAGGACCGUCGGCGCCCUCGAGAAGCACGGCUCGGCCCGGAUCCGCAGGCUCGCGAGCGACGUCGUGCGCGGGUGGAGGGCGGCCAACGUCACCACAACUACAGCAGUCAAGGAAGAGCUCGACAAGCUCUCUGCUGAUGAUCGGAUCCCAGGCCAGAUCAUCUCUGCAGUGAUAGCUGAUGGCAAUGCGCGUGGACACAAGGAGAAGUUGCACAUACAGCCUGCGAAGAUGCUUCCCGCCGCCGAGGUACACAAGAAGAAGCUACAGAUACCGCCGGCGAAGAUGCUUCCUACCGUCCCCGUCGCCGAGGCAUACAAGAAGAAGGUGUAUGUUCGCCCGGCGAAGAUGCUGCCGACUACAGCUACUGUCUCGAUACCGAACACGAGCGAGACCAAUAAGCCAGCCGUCGACGAGAGCAAGAAGAUGGAGGCUAGAAAACGCAAGUUGCGUGAGGGUUAUCAAGAGGCCCAGAAGAUCAAGCGUCAACACACCAUUCAGAAGAUCAACGACAAGGAGGCAGCAAAGAUGUUUGAGCAAAAGCAACGGAAGAUGCAUCCCGUCGUACGAGGGAGAGGCCCAGCAUCAUGUAGGACCUCCUCAGGCGUCAGGCGUUCGUUGCUUCCCUCUCUUCAGAUGAUUUAG